GAGCAGCGGAAUGAGAUGAUCUACAGGCUCCGCCCCAUGAACUUUGGAAAGCUUUAUGUUUUUUUUUUCAUCCUCCAGUCAGACGCUCCCUCCUUCUCAUCUCAGCCACAGACAGCACAUCACAGAGAUAUGUUUCAUGCCUGGAUCUUAUUGUUUCUCCCCCUGUUCGGGGCGAGGGCGUUUAUGAUCCACAACAGCAAGCACAGCCUGUGUCUGGAGGACUCAGCAGCUACAGGUGAAGUCCUUCUGAAGAACUGCAACGUGGACUCAGAGUUUCAGAAGUGGAUGUGGAUUGAUCAGAACAUGCUGAUGUGUGUUGCAUCGUCCAGAUGUUUGUCAGACCUUCAGAGAGAACCUGUCCUGACACGGCCUUGCGGGGAGCCAGAGGCGGAUGUGACAGGGUUGAUGUGGGACUGCGACAGGGGUAAACUGAUCAGCAAGAACACCUCAAUGUUGCUGUCGAUGGAUGGCCGGCGCCUGAUUCUCACAAAUGGCAACAAACACUCAAAGUGGAGGUCUCUGGAUGAGGGGGACAUCUGCCAGGAGAAACUCAGAUCCAGGAGGGCAUCUGAUGAUCCAGUCGAGUCCGAUCCUGCAGAGGAGCAGAAAAAGAAGCUGGCAGCCAUGACAGAGGAAGAAAAAGAAUACCUCCGCUGGUUCUAUCGCACAGAAGACCCAACCAUAUGGAAGUAUGUGAUGCUGGGACUGGCUUUCGUCUGCCUUCUUGUUGGUUUUAUGCUGCUGGGAAUGGGAGCCAUGGCCAACAAGAACAGAAAGAAGAUUGCAAAGUACAAGGCAGCAGCUGCAGCGGCUCUGAGAAAUGAGGAGCUGCGGAUCAUUUCAUCCCUCAGAGAUGACAGCAGCAGCAAACCAUCACCGUCACCCGACAGGCUGACACAGGGACACAAACCCCCCUCACCCAACGGGGAGGUGAACGAACUCAAAGCAGGGGACAUCGUGGUCACGUGGAGAGACGGCAACACCUCCUGCCUGUACCCAGAUGCUGCAGCAGAGGAGGUAAAACAGGAGGAGGAUCAGGAGGAGAAACAGGAGGAGACACACGAGAAGAAACUGGACGAGGAGUUAGUCGCUGAGCUGAAGGCCUUUGGCAUGGCUGUCGAUCAGAACGAGCUUGACAGUGUAUAACCUUGCUCACUGACAUGCCUGCACAUGAAUCAUGGUCACCUGCACUCACAGAGCUGAUAUCUAUGUUGGUGCAAUACAUUUUAAACAAGUAGAACAAUUAAGCGUUAUUCACAUAAUUGGCCUUCAACAACGAAAAUCAAACUAAGUGACAUGUUGUGUCUGUCUAUCGAUCUCCUCCACUCUGUACUACAGACAGCGCUGCACCUACACACGGCAAACACACGGUCUGUAGUUUCAAAACUACAGCAAAGCGACAGUCGCCUGAUCUCAGCCGACAAUUUUGUUGUUUUUGCUUUUUUUUUCUUUAGAUCAUGAAGCUUAAACAGAGGAGGGAAAUAUAACCGAGGGGCCAAGUACAGCUAAAAAUGUUGUCAUGAUAAAUAUUUUCAUGUCAGUCGAUAUCGAUAAUUGUCAUGAUAAAUGACAGGAUCAUCGGCAUACCGACACAACGCUACUUUAUCCUGUUAAAACAACACUCACAGCUUGGAUUCAUUUUUAUGAAAACAACCAUUUUGAUUAUUUUGAUCUGAGGACCCUUAUGGACUCAAGGAAUAUGAACACCUUACAGGGUAUUGAGGAAUGGACACAUUAUUUGAGGUCGCCGACAACCCAGUUUUAUCUAUCUAUCUAUCUAUCUAUCUAUCUAUAAAACCCUGAUAUCAAAAAAAGUUGGGGCGCUGUGUAAAAUCCUUUUUGACCUACAGUAUAUUCAAUUGAAUACAGAACAAAGAAAAUAUAUUAAUGUUCAAACUGAUAAUCUUUAUUGAUUUUUGUAAAUGUACACUCAGCUGGGUCAGGAGCAACAAAAGACUGGGAAAUAAAAUGACU